GGCUAUAAUGCGUGUCUCGUUUCCAUGAAAACGCUCAUUGUUCAUCCAAACGUGAGUGAAUAUUUGUAGGUCUAAUUUCAAAUUCAAGGCGAUACAGGGGCGGAGGCGCGCUUGGAUGCAAAUUUCCCCUUGCUUGCUGCUGCUGCAGCUGCGCCCCCGUACGAGAACGCGCUCCAUCGCUGUCCUCAGUACAACAUCAGCAUCUUCCGGGGGGCGCGCAGAGACACGGGAGGAGGAGGACGGAGAAAGAGAGAGAGAGAGAGAGAGAGAGAGAGAGAGAGAGAGAGAGAGAGGAGACAUACUGGAUAAAGGCUACGACAAAAAAAACAUGAUGAUAAUGGAGUCGAGGCGGUGGAGGAUGUCGGAUUUACGAGAAAGGACUGUUGAAAUUUGACAGAGGGCUCGUGUUGAAACCUAUUCUCGUUUUUUUUUUGUUCAUUCUAUUUGAUUUCCACAUGCUGCGUGGACAUUGACUGCGAGCCGAGGAAGGGGAGCACCCCACGGAUGUCUCGGUAGGUAAAAAACGGGGUUCACCGCUGGCGCUAUACAGGCAACAAGACGCAUCUCAUCUCACGGAUGGUAAUAAAGGACAUCCUGAAGAUAGCUCUGGACUGAUGGAUGAGGAUGACACACAGCUUUAACCCCCCACCCCCUCCGCCCACUGUGAAAGAAAGAAAAUCCCGUUUUGAUGGAUUUUUUUUUUAAUCAUUCAUGGUGUAGCCCCAAGGAAACGAGCCUUAGACAGCAAUGUUGAAUCACUGGUCUUGGUAAAUAAUUCAUUAGUGGUGUAGGUAGGCUAUGAUUUUGUAUUGCUUCAAUGUAGCAUCCCCCCCUCAUUCGUUUUUACAAUGUUUUGUCUUGUGAUAUCACACACACAUUUGCAGGUAACAUUUUUAUCGUGUUGUGAUGUAGGCUCAUUUAACAGCCUUUAACAGCCACAUAAGAAAUAGCCAAAGUGGGGGGGAUUUUUUUUAGAGCAGGAAAGCUUUGAUAUAGAGAAGGAAAACAAAAAUACAAUACCUGGGAAGUGAGGGGUGUCGAGCUGUCUGGGCAUUUUUUUUUUUUUUUUUUAAGAUAUAGGCUACAUUUCUUUCUUUCUUGUGAGAGUCUAAAGAGGAGGAGGACGGGGGUGGGAAGAGAGAUAUAAAGAGAGAGAAAAAAACCCGACCAAACAUGUUGCCUUCCCAAGAAGCCUCCAAGAUCUACCAUGACAAUUAUAUGCGCAACUCCCGGGCCAUCGGGGUGCUGUGGGCCAUCUUCACCAUCUGCUUCGCCAUCGUUAACGUGGUGGUGUUUAUCCAGCCCUACUGGAUCGGCGACAGCGUCAACACGCCGCAGGCCGGCUACUUCGGCCUCUUCCACUAUUGCGUGGGCACCGGGCCGUCGCCCAACCGGGAGCUCACCUGCGUGGGCAGCUUCUCCGACUUCAGCUCCAUCCCGUCCGGAGCCUUCAAGGCGGCCUCUGUGUUCGUGCUGCUGUCCAUGGUGCUGACCCUCAGCUGCAUCGCCUGCAUGGCGCUCUUCUUCUUCUGCAACACCUCCACCGUUUACAAGACCUGCGCCUGGAUGCAGCUGCUGUGCGGAGUGUGCCUGGUGCUGGGUUGCAUGAUCUUUCCCGACGGAUGGGACGCCGAAGUCAUCCGGGACAUGUGCGGGGAGCAGGCGGGGAAAUACUCCCUGGGCGAUUGCUCUGUACGCUGGGCCUAUAUGCUGGCCAUCAUGGGCAUCCUGGACGCCCUCAUCCUCUCCUUCCUGGCCUUCGUCCUGGGCAACCGGCAGACAGAUUUCUAUCUUGAUGAUUUGCAGACAGACAACAAAGAUUUUGCUGUGUCAAGGAUUGAGGUGCGGGACAGAAGAGAGCCAAGGUAUGGAGUGCAGCGUCUUCACUGAGACAACUAUGGCACUGGACAACGUGUCUUCUCUUCUCUUCUCUUCUCUUCUCUUCUCUUCUCUUCUCUUCUCUUCUCUUCUCCAUCUGUUUCUUUCCCUCUCCUCUCUUCUCCACCUCUAUUCUUCUCUUCUCUCCAAUGAUCAGGAUAUCACCCAAUCUUAAUGCAGACACCAAGUGUACAGGAUUCUCUAAGAUAAAAAAAAAAAAAAUGCACUGGGAAAACUAUAUUUUCAAAAAAAGAAAAUUAUACAAGGUUGUACAGUGCAUUUAACACUUGACUUUCUCAACGAAUACCUUUAUGAUGGAAAAAAAAAAGAUUUACUGUAUUUAAAGUCUUGAUUUGUGUGAGAAAUUCAAACCUUAAGAUGAAGAACCAUAAUGUCCAUCUAUGAUUUAUUAAUGAUUUAUUUCAAAAAUUGCUAUUUAAUGACUGAGUUUGUGUGUUGUGUACAUUCAUUGCUUCAGAAAGCAAUUAUUGAUACUCCUGGUACAGUGAUGAGAGUCGAGACUCGCAAUACAGCGGCAAGUCCAUAACUAAACAUUCAAAACACUUCAACACUGACUUGAAUGGCUCUUCAUCUAAGGACUUUCAAAUGUGAGAAAUUUAAAGGAGUACCCCAUCGCAGCUUUACAGAACCUAACAUCUCUGGGAGAUUCUCUACUGUACAUACUUAACAAUGUAAAUAACAUUAUUGCUGACGAAAACAGCCGACAACAAAACCUCAUCUGACUCUAAUGCAUUCGAGUAUAGUAUUUAUAACCUGGUUUCAGUGUUCCUUGUGCCAGAAGAGCAUUGGAGUAUGUGCAAAUCCAUUGUGUUUAUAUGACUCCUCACUACUGAUUCGGUGGGAUUAGACAAAUGGGAAUAAAAUGGAUAUCUUUGCUGGAUAUUCCACAAAAAAGCAGGGGUCUGUGGCUCAAAGUGAUUGUGUAUUACAAUUUGUUUGAUACAAAAAAAA